AUGACCGACAGAGAUGAUGGACCGCGCAUCGUCCGUCUCUCUCACGCCGUGAUCUCAGUGGGCUACGGCGAAAAUCGAUACAGCUCUUGGCCUAUACGAGCGUCGGAGGCCUGCCGAUUCCCCCGCUCAGUUAUUGACCCGCGGCCGCUUCUAGACGAAGGCAACGCGCCUGCGCGCGAACAGACCUCGCGCCUCCGUCUACUUCUAGACUUAGCCUCGCCUAGGCCCCGCCGCACCAUGCCUGCGCCCUGCGACUCGUGCAAAGGGACGUGCGGCGGUGGCACUGCGGCCUGUGGCGCGGGCUGCACUUGCGGCCCAAGCUGCACGUGUGGGGAUGGCAAGCCUUCUGGAGGCAAGCCCUGCUGCCAGGGAGGCAAAAAAAAUGAA